AUGUUGUUUAUUAUACUAGUCCUCUUAUCAAUUACCGAUACAACUUUAACAGCCAUAUCAAAAUGUUCAGUGGAUACUCAGUUACGUACUCCAAAAUAUCACCUGAUGGAAAAGUGCUAUCGUUCUAAGCUUGGCAUAGUUUCCAAGGCCAACUUCACGUCUCUGAUCAGUUGCCAACGGCUUGGCUUUGAGAAGAAGGGCCUGGCGAUAAACUUCAGCCCUCGAGAAGCUUGGGCAGAUAGUAAUGAGACUAUAGAUUAUACAUGCGAAGUUUUAAAGUGUGCUGAAGCAGAUGGCGGAUUGUCCAUGGUGAAUGACUCCAGAUAUGAUUACUAUAGCAUCUACGCGAAACCUGUUCCUCAUGUCAAUACUACAUGCGUGCCAACCCUGGGCAUGUUCUUCGUCAUCACAAAGAGGCAAAACUACACGCUAGGAUACCGUCAGUGUAAGAAUGUAAGCGCUUUACCAGUGGACGUUACCAGCGAGCAACGUACUGAUGCACUAGCCCAACUCCUGGCGAGCUCCAGUAUUGAUAUGGCAUUUGUAGGGCUCAGGAGUAAAAACGGAAGUGCUUUCAUCAGCGUGAAUGGUGACGCCCUUGACUGUACAACAUAUCGAGCUUGGGCACCUGGUAGCCCGAGAAAAGCACGUAAAAAAUUCGAUUGCGUUGUUUUAACCAAACACAGAACGUGGGUUUCGAUGCCUUGUAAAAACAACCACCCUAUUGUGUGUGAACUCAUCCCAGGUGGCCCUUAUAAAAGGGGUUCGUUAUUUGCAUCUCGAAUGAAGAAACCCAACGAAACUAUGACAGAAUCUCAAAGUGAUGAGGAAUAA